AUGGCUGGCGGGCCAUCAGCGUCGGAGGCGUACGGGGUCGAGCGGAGACUGACCGGGCGCGCCGACCCUCGGCCGGUGACCAGCGACGCGGCGUCGCGGGUCUGCCUGCUGUACGGCCCCCAAGGUCAGCUGUGGGAGAGCCUGCUCAGAGACGAGCUGCAGAACGGUGCCGUCAGCCGGGUCGAGGUCACCAGCUACGGCAUGGACCAGCUGCUGCCCCGGACCGACCCGGACGUCAUCCAAGACAUGGUCAGCUCACAUCUGCAGGUGGUCAUAAUGACACCGGAUCUCUUGCACAUGAUCGAGGCAGAACCUCAAAUGGGUCGCCUGUUCCUCCGAGACCGCACGAUGUGCCUCCUUGUGGGCGUCACCGAGGACCAGAUUUACGACAGGAACGUGGAAGGUCUGCAGUCGUUUCCAGCGUGGACAAAGCACACGGCAAGAAAUGAAGAUUGGGACUGUUUUUCACGCUUCAUUUCCACUGCAUAUGCAAGUCUGAACGACAUCCAGCAACAUACAGAACAAUGUAUGAAGCAAAGGUUUUCGGUCGCCACAGGAAGAGACGAUGAAGGCGGUGUGGUGGUCUACAUUCUGCUGAGUGAGCAGCUGCACGGCACGGACCAGGAGCUGACGGCCUGUCUGCACGGCGAUCCCGCCCGCCUGCCCGUUACCCGGCUCAACAUGGCCAGAAUGAAGAACCCCUACACCGCUCACUUUGCCCUGACAGAUGAAGAGUUCCGGGGGCUAUCAGGUGUUGAAAUUAUGCACAAGGGGCAAUCGUGGGGGAUGCAGCCCGUCCAUCGUCCGAGCGAACUGGAGGCGGACGCCAGCUUUUUGGACACUCUCACCUCACCGAUAGAGUUCCUCUGUCAGGCCCUUGGCAUCGAACCAGGCGCAAAAGAUGAGCUUGACUGCAUUUUAGAAGACACAUUCAGAAAGAACUGUCCACCGGGGAUCGAGCACCUAUGCUUCACUACCAACUUAGCCAAUAUUGAGCAGGCGGACGCUGUGUGUCCGACGCUGCUGCACCUGGCCGCGGCGCACGGGCUGGGGCAGCUCUGCAGCCGGCUGGUGGACGCUCCCGGCGGCGAGAACGCGCUGGCGCUGCCCAACAGGGACGACCAGCGGCCGUCCGACGGCGCACUGAGCGACCAGUCGGCAAUGCCAGCAGCUGACGACUGCAGCGGCGAGGCACGUCCUCCGCCAGGCGACGGACGCUUGCCACCCCUCAAGCUGCCGACCGAUGUACUCCACGUCACCCCAGAGACAAAGACCGCGCUGCCGGAGGGGGCCUAUAGACCUGCUGUCAGACGACAGCUGUCACUGGAGACGGAGCUGCUGGAGUUACUGCACGACUUCAGGAACAACAAGUACACUCUGUCGGAAAUAAACGCUAUCGCCCUAUCGUGGACCACCCGCAAAGACUUCAAGGAGGCUAUCCGACAGGACAACGAGCGGAGGAUCCGGGAACGCAACAAACACCAAAAGCAGGACUAUUUGGGACUGUUCAGCAAACUCUUCAACAUCAUGACCCCAUCCAAACGUAAAACCAAACAGGGUUGCCCAACCUCAGCGGCAUACCAGGAGCACAAGGUCAAGAAAUGCUACAGGCAAUACUGCCCGAUGCCUAGAAAAGCAACCUUCCAGUCAUACCAUCAGCAUCUUGCCAAGAACCCACCCCCGGAGCCAAGAGGCGUUCCACUCACGCCCAAGACGCUGGCCUCCGCCGACGCUGACGCCACGACCACCACUCUCCGCUUCGUCUCCGCUGCCUCAGCCACUGCCACUGCCACCGUCGUCGCCCACACCGCCGAAACCGCCCCGUCGCCGACUCACUCGGCCGACUUGGAGAGCAUGGUCCUGAACACGCCCCCAAUCCUGGUGCCGCCGCUGGUGUCAGGCAGGCCCGACUGGGGCUGGAAAAGGGACGGAGCUCCGGCCGCGCGGCGAUCGCCGCCGCCGCUGCCGGUGCGGCGGCCUAUCAAGCGGCCGUAAAGCCACGCGGACGCCGGGCCCGGGUGUUGUGACCUUCCUUGUGAUAGGUGUGCCGUGGCGGAUGACUUCGCGUUGGCGGGCUACGUAGCAGAGCACGUGGAAUGCCGCAGAUAUUGGGCACGCAUGUAUGCCGACCUCGUGAACUGGAAAGGCACAUCAACAACAUCCCAGCAGUGUUCAUUGGCAGUAACCAGCCGUAGUGUCUUCUCAACACCUCAAGCCGAAUAUUGACGACGGACUAGGCUGUUUCGUCUCUUCUCUAGGCUAGCCAUAUAAACACUAAGACGACCAUGUAACGUUAAAGGGCCAUGUUAACAUGGAACGGCCAUGUUAUAUGAUAAACGUCCGCAAACAUGCAAUCAAUGAUCUUGAUUUUUAGCAAGUGCUGCAUAAUAUUUUGCCGACAAUAUUUGGACCAUGAUUCCUGUCCCACUCGGCUCCCGACAUCAAUAUCAAUGAAACCUCCGUCUACAGGCGACGGUGAGCUGUUUCAGUGUACUCAGUGUGCCCGUGACAUUCAUGAGACUGGGUUGUGACAUGCGCAGUAGGCAAUGAUCAGGUCGUUGCAAACAAUACACUGAGUGGCUGCAAUA